UUGUUUAUCAAACCAUUUCUUGUAGAUGUAACGUGUAGGAUUUUGGUAUAAGUGUUUGUUAUUUUUUAUAAUUUCAUCCGCAUUGGUUCAUCUGAAGUAAAUAUAAAUGUACAUACAUAAAUACAUAUGUAUAUACAUAUAUCCUAAACAAUGUCGGAAUCAAAUGAAAUAACAUUGAAGUCAAGAAAAAUGCUCAAGGGGAUUGUGGACAUUGGCAAUAGAGUUGCUCAGCUGCCUCAAUGCUUACAAUCAUUGGUUAGAUGGCCAGCCUCCGGAGUGCUUUAAUUCCAACUUAUUUUCUUUCUCCGCCUGUCUUAUUACAUAUGUACAUAUAUGAUACAUACAGUAAAGGAAAAAAGUCAAUAUACACCUCCAAUUUUGGCAUAAUUCGGCUUUUUGCUCUAAAAAUUAAAAAUGAACAUAUCCGAAAAGUCUUACCACCAAUUUCCAUUAAACGAAAUGACGUGCUACAAGUGCAAAAUGGUCUACAAGGACACUUCUAUGAUAUGGAAUAUGGAGUGCAAGCUCUAAAGUCGAUUGAGAAAUCGGAAUCAACUUUUCACAACAUCCAAGAAAUGAUAAAGGCUUCAAUAUUCAUCAAGCAACAACUGAAAUAUGAAGAAAAAAAAAAGAUUAAAACCGAAAACGGGAAAAACUCGGUAUACAAACGAUUUUCCGCUCAUCUAACAUUCGACCCUUUAGAACUUCCAGACUUAAAUGGUGUUGUGCGGGAAACUAGUGGGCGAAUGGAUUUAGUAGUUCCUUGUGGUGGCCAACUUAAUUUAGGUGAACUACAAAGAUCACACACUACCUUACAUUAAAUAUAUUUAACAUAAUUACACUAUAAAAUAAUAAAUAAUUUU